AUGCCACUCAUGUUGGCGUCUCUUUGUAAAAACCCGGAGAAAAUUGAGGGCGCCGGCAGCUGGGACGCCAUCGAAUGGACUAAAGUUGAUCAGGUUUCAGCUUCGAAGCCUGUUUCGCAGGGACUGCAGCAGCUGUUGCUUGAAGCGGAGUUUAUCAUAGUAGAGGGACAUGGCAUUGUUCUUGUUAACACUGACGAGGCAGGAAAUUUAUAUGUAACAAAUUUUCGUCUUCUUUUCUUGCACAUUUGGCGUUCGGGUCGCUCGGGUCGAGACCAUGGGUCGCCCGGGUCGCUCGGGUCGCCUGGGUCGCCCGGGUCGAGACCAUCACCGCCCCAACAUGGGUGGGUUGAUCGAGAUGCAUGGGUCGCGCUGGGUCGCCCGGGUCGGCGGGGUCGAGCGUUUCGGGUGGGUCGCCCUAACCAGGGGCGGACCCAACCUUGGCAAUAUGAUGUAAACAUCACACACAAAGGAAGAGACAAUUGGUAUUCUUUCAUUUGGAAUAAACGGAAGAUCAUCAUACUUCCGGAUAAAAUUCCUAAUAUUACUUCUAAAGUAGAGGAGAAGAGUAUGCUGACCAUCAAUCAAAAUUCAAAAGAAUUUGCUCAAGACUUGAAGGAAUCAAAGCAAUUGGCUGAUAAGAAGAAGAGGGAAAUGACUUUCAAAGUUGGUGACAAGGUUUUCCUUGUAGAUUUAGUAGACUCUGCACUUUCCUGCCGGUUUGGAAACUUUUUCUGUAACAGUGAGAAAGAAAGGCAGCAAGCUGGUAUUUAUGAUGCAUGUGGGUGCUUGUGGGUGUACUUGGCUGAUUUGCGUGCUUCAGAUAGAUCUUCUGGUCAUCAUAACCAUUUCUACGACGCAUCAAAAGUUCAAGGUCCAUUAUUACCUCCUGCUGCAGCUUUAGCACCAACACUUUGGCCUCAGUUCCACCUUCGAUGGGCAUGUCCAUCAGAAGCCCAAGCUGGGGAGAUAGAGGCACAUUGUAGAAACAUGGCUGAGAAAAUAUCUGAAUUGCAGAAGGAAAAGGAUAUAGCAGAGGCAAAACUAAGAGAAACAACUUCAACUGUGGCGUCUUUGACUGAUGAGUUGCGAAAUGAGAAGCUCAGCAGCAGCUCGGUAAGGGACUGGGCUAGGAGUGCCAAAAAGGAAAAUGUUGCUAUAAAGCGGGCAAUACAAUCACUUGGGUGCAAGGUUCAGUUUUCUGAAGACGGUGAUUGUAUUGUUGGCAUCGAGAACAUCGCAGCAGAGAUUCCUCAAAAAUCUCUCUUUUCCAUUGAGGAUAUGCAGUCUAGUUUGUACAUGCAGAGUGACGAGAAACCAGACAGUCUCGUGUACGUUACCCGUGAAGAAGAUGAAGAUGGUGAUUCCAUCAACCCUAUAAACCAGGUAUGUGAAUCUUUAUGCCCUCUACGCACUCGAGAGGGAGGGUGUAGAUGGCCCGAAGCCGGUUGUGCCCAAUUUGGAAGCCAGUUUGUCGGUAUGAAGGAGAACUUUGAUGCUUUUGACCGGCUUUCUAUAUACGACAGCUAUUUCCAGUCACAAUAGAAGCUUUGGAGGUUGUUACAAUGCAUUUUUGUGAGAGAAUAUAAAAAAAGAUGGGACCCUCACAUUCAACAAGGGUCUUCUGGAGGUGUACAUACAUAGGCAUGAGUCAGCAUUGAUUUCUAGCGAUCCAAGAAGGUAGCACAAGGUAAAUUCGGUGUGUAAAGUGCAUAACGCCAUUCAUGUCAUGGGGUUUGGCUGUAACGGGUUUCUACGGCUUUAACAUACUCUCACGUCAUGGGGUUUGGCUCUUACGGUCUAAAUCCCCUGUGUAAAGGUUAGCAGUCGACAUUCAGCGACAGGUAGUAUGUGUAUAGAAUCCUACUCCCCACGUCACUUUUAGUAUGUCGGACACAGGUUUUUAA